AUGGGUAUUCUUGGCAAAGCAAGCAAAUUGCUCGACCUUUUUCAAAGCCUGAGAAGCACAAAGCAUCUGGCGUCCCUCCUCUUGAUUCUAACAAUUGGUGUCCCGUUGCUAUGGGUCCUGGCAGACUAUGUCUAUAUCCUGCGUCUCCGCAGGAAGAUGCCUCCGGGGCCCUUCCCUCUUCCAGUCAUUGGCAACUGGUAUGACAUUCCAAAGUCCCGGCCUUGGCUCGAGUUUGAGAAGAUGUCACACCGAUACAACAGUCCUAUGGUCACACUUUGGAACGGGAGUCGUCCCAUCAUUGUCUGCAACGAUGCUUGGACGAUCUCUGGUCUCCUCGAGAAACGGGCGGCGAUAUAUUCUUCACGCCCACAGUUCGUCGUCAUGGGUGACAUGAUGAACCAGACAAAGGAAAACCAGGUCUGUCAGAUAUAUGGGGACCGCUGGCGCCUUCACCGACGUUUGACGCACAACGUGGUGGGGUCCCAAGCUGUGAGAGCGCAUCGGACGUUUCAGGGCAACGAGUCCAAAGUCCUACUCCGGGAUCUCAUGGAGAGACCGGACGACAUGGUUAUGUCGAUCGAGAGAUACUCCUGCUCGACUGUUUCCAUCAUAGGGUGGGGUAGGAGGAUCGAUCGCAUGAAUGACCACGUCGCCUUGUGCGCUCUGGGCUUUAUGGAGGGCGUCAACUAUGUCAUUCCAGGCCUCUACCUUAUGGAGACAAUUCCCAUCCUUGCCAAGCUCCCCGGAUGGCUCUACAAGCUUCCUUCAUUGAUUCUUUCCAACACGAAGCAUUUCCAGCGAUACUUCUAUGCUCUGGCUAUGGAAGGUGCAGAGGCAAAGGAAGAAAACUUCUCGACCCUCUUGUUGAAACAGCAUAACGAGAAUAACCUGACGCUGGAAGAAAUUGCCUGUCUAACGGCCAACUUGAUCGGUGGAGGCGUCGACACCACCACGAGUUCCACCUUAUCUUUCGUCUUAGCUAUGUGUGUAUUCCCAGGGGCCCAGAAAAAGGCACAGGAAGAGAUCAACCGGGUAGUCGGCGACCACCGCAUGCCCGAGUGGUCCGACGAAGCUUCGCUCCCUUACGUCGCAGCAUUAGUUUCGGAGGUCCUCCGCUGGCGUUCCGUGACCAUCUUGGGUGGAAUCCCGCACAGCCCGAUUCAGGACGACGAUUACCGGGGAUAUUUCAUUCCCAAGGAAACGGCCAUUACCGGAAACCUAUGGGGCAUCCAUCGUAACCCCAACGACUAUCCUGAGCCCGACGUCUUUCGACCGGAGCGCUUCUUCAACGGUCUCGAACGUCCCCAUCCGUCGAAAAAGGGACACAACGCUUUCGGAUGGGGUCGGCGUCAGUGUAGCGGACAGCCGCUUGCCGAGCAGGGGCUAUUCAUCACCAUCGCCAGGAUGCUGUGGGCCUUUGAUAUUCGACCAGGCUUGGACGAGCAGGGAAAUCCAGUGAAGCUCGACAUCUUCGCUUACACAGAGAGCGAAAAUAUGCGGCCUGAGCCGUUCAAAGCACGCUUCCUUCCGCGCUCUGAGAAGCACGCCGCCCUCGUGCUGGAUGCUGCUAGGCAGGCUCGCGAGGAGUUGAGGGUCUACGAUGGAGAGACCAAGCUGACUUUGCAGAACGUCCCCUGA